AUUUCUUUACUGCUUGUUUCGUCAACGUUGUCAAGUUAAAAUUUAAAGUAUCUCACGUUUGUUUCUUCUUCUCACAGGAGUCCAAGGAGUUCCUGCAGUACUUCAUCGAGAAGCUGCAGUUCCAGCCUCUGUCAGCAGAGGUCCCCGUGCUGUUCCGGGUGGUGGAGCUGCCUCAGAAACAUCAUCUGUGUAAAGUCAAAUCUCUCAACAAAGCAGACGCCAACUCCGAGGUCACCGUCUACUUCCAGUCGGGGCUGAAGAACCUGAGAGAGCACGCUCUGAUGGAGCUGAUGGUGAUGCACAUGGAGGAGCCGUGUUUCGACUUCCUAAGAACCAAGGAGACUCUGGGGUACCAGGUGUACCCAACCUGCAGGAACACCUCAGGGGUGCUGGGAUUCUCUGUCACCGUGGAAACACAGGCCACCAAGUUCAGCACAGAGUUUGUGGAGGCGAAGAUCGAGGAGUUCCUUGUCAGCUUCGGCGAGUGUUUGUCGGGUCUUAGCGAGGAGGCGUUUAAAACGCAGGUGACCGCUCUCAUCAAGCUGAAGGAGUGCGAGGACGCUCACCUGGGAGAGGAGGUCGACCGAAACUGGUUUGAGGUCGUCACGCAGCAGUACGUCUUCAAGCGGCUCAACAAAGAGAUCGAGGCCCUGAAGGUCUUCAGUCAGGGGGAGCUGGUCUCCUGGUUCAUGGAGCACAGAAACGGCAGCAGUAGGAGGCUCAGCGUGCACGUGGUCGGUUUCGGCGUGGAGAGAACGACCCGCCUGAGCAGAGUGUCUGCUGCAGCCAGGACAGCCCCGACUCCCCCCCUCCUCCUCGGCAUACGGGGAGGUGAGCGAGCUGAACUUCCUGCCUGCCUCCUCGCCGGCGCUCCAGGACGUCACGCUCAUCUCAGACAUCAGAGCGUUCACCUCAUCCCCUCCACCCAUACCACAAAAUCCUCAGCUAGGUCCGGACGGACGGUGAAGGUGAAGAACGCCUCGUUCACUCUGUCAGUGUGUCGGGGAAAAUAA